CGGGGCGAGCAUGGCCAGGGCAGCGGCUGCUCUGCUGUCCGUUGUCCUGCAGCUCACAGGCCUGGCACUGGCCCCGGCGACGGGCAGGGGUGGGGCCGUCCCCAGGGAGCCCCCUGGGCUUGCUGACAUCCAUGACUACCAGCCGCAGGCACAGCUCCACAUUCCUUCUCCUGCUGGGGGCCCCUGGGAGCGGUGGCACCCCCUGGAGGAGCGGCUGGGCAGGCUGGAGGCUGAGAUGAUGGAGCUCAGAGACCAGAACAAAGACCUGCAGGGGAGGGUGAGGCAGCUGGAGUCCUGUGAAUGCCACCCAGCUCCUCCCCAGUGCUGGGGGCUGGGGCGGGCCUGGCCCGAGGGGGCUCACUGGGAGCCUGACGCCUGCACGGCCUGCAUCUGCCAGGACGGGGCUGCACGCUGUGACCCCAAGCCCGGCCUGCCCUACUGCCAUGGCUGCAGCCACGAUGGUCAGGCCUAUGGCAAUGGGGAGACCUUCUCCAUAGACGCCUGCACCACCUGUCGCUGCUUGGAAGGAGCCAUUACCUGCACUCAGAAGCCAUGCCCCAGAGGACCCUGCCCGAAGCCGGGGGCCUGCUGCCCGCACUGUGAGCCAGGCUGUGAGUAUGAGGGGCAGCUUUAUGAGGAGGGGGCCAACUUCCUGUCCAGUUCCAAUCCUUGUCUCCAAUGCUCCUGCCUGAGGAGCCUGGUUCACUGUGUGCCCAUGGAGUGCCCGCCCAUCCCCUGUCCUGAGCCUGUCCUGAGGCCCGGACAGUGCUGCCUGACCUGCCAAGCCCAAGGCUGCACAGAAGGUGGUUCUUACCAGGAGCAUGGCCAAGAGUGGACCACACCUGGGGACCCCUGUCAGAUCUGCCAGUGCCGGGAGGGCCACAUCCAGUGCCGCCAGCGAGAAUGUGCCAGCCUGUGCCCAUACCCUGCCCGGCCCCUCCCGGGCACCUGCUGCCCCGUGUGUGAUGGCUGUUUCCUAAACGGGCAGGAGUACCGCAGCGGGGAGCCCGUGGGCUCUGGGGACCCCUGCUCGCACUGCCGUUGUGCUAAUGGGAGUGUCCAGUGUGAGCCUGUGCCCUGCCUGCCCACGCCCUGCAGACACCCAGGCAGGAUCCCCGGGGAGUGCUGCCCAGUCUGUGACAGCUGCGAGUACCAGGGACAACAGUAUCAGAGCCAGGAGACCUUCAGCCUCCAAGAGAGGGGCCGCUGUGUCCGCUGCUCCUGCCAGACCGGCGAGGUCUCCUGUGAGGAGCAGGAGUGCCCAGUCGUCCCCUGCACCCUUCCUGACUCUGGCCCCCAGCUCUGCCCAGCCUGCGUGCUUGAUGGAGAGGAGUUUCCUGAGGGGGUCCAGUGGGAGCCUGAUGGUCAGCCCUGCACCGCCUGCUCCUGUCAAGCUGGGGUGCCUGUGUGUGGGGCUUUGCUAUGCUCCCCGGCCCCCUGCGAGCACCCCACCCAGCUCCCUGGUGCCUGCUGCCCCAGCUGUGAGAGCUGCACCUAUCAUGGCCAAAUGUAUGCCAAUGGGCAGAACUUCACAGAUGCAGACAGCCCUUGCCACACCUGCCGCUGUGAGGAUGGGACCGUGACGUGCUCCUUGAUCGACUGCCCUCCCACAACCUGUGCCAGGCCCCAGAGCGGACCCGGCCAGUGCUGCCCCAGGUGCCCAGACUGCAACCUGGAGAAAGAAGUAUUUGUGGACGGCGAGAGCUUCUCCCACCCCGGAGACCCCUGCCAGGAAUGCCAGUGCCAUGAAGGCCACGCCCACUGUCGACCUCGGGCCUGCCCCAGGGCCUCCUGUGCCCACCCGCUGCCUGGUGUCUGUUGCCAGAACAACUGCAAUGGCUGCGCCUUUGGUGGGAAAGAGUAUCCCAGUGGGGCAGAUUUCCCCCACCCCUCUGACCCCUGCCGCCUGUGUCGCUGUCUGAACGGCAACGUGCAGUGCCUGGCCCGCCGCUGCCCACCCGUGCCUUGUCCAGAGCCCACCCUGCUGCCGGGAGAGUGCUGCCCGCAGUGCCCCGCCACCUUUUCUGAUUGCCCUCGGCCCGGGGGCGAGGUCCCCGCCCGCCACCAGGAGCAAUUCUCCCCGCCCGACGACCCCUGCCGCCGCUGCCUCUGUCUGGAUGGCUCCUUGUCCUGCCAGCGGCUGCCCUGCCCGCCCGCGCCCUGCGCCCACCCGCGCCAGGGGCCCUGCUGCCCCUCCUGCGACGGGUGCCUGUACCAGGGGAAGGAGUUCGCCAGCGGGGAUCGCUUCCCUUCACCCACUGCCCCGUGUCACGUCUGCCUCUGCUGGGAGGGCAGCGUCAGCUGCGAGACCAGGGCCUGUGCCCCUGCACGGUGCCCCUUCCCUGCCAGGGGUGACUGCUGUCCUACCUGUGACGGCUGUGAGUACCUAGGGGAGUCCUACCUGAGCAGCCAGGAGUUUCCGGAUCCCCGAGAGCCCUGCAAUCUGUGUACCUGCCUUGGAGGCUUCGUGACCUGUGGCCGCCGGCCCUGUGAGCCUCUGGGCUGCAGCCACCCCCUCACCCUGUCUGGGCACUGCUGCCAGACCUGCCAGGGAUGCCUCUAUCAUGGGGUCACUGCUGCCCCUGGAGAGACCGUUCCGGACCCACUUGACCCCACCUGCUCCCUCUGCACCUGCCAGGAAGGUUCCAUGCGCUGCCAGAAGAAGCCGUGUCUUCCAGCUCUCUGCCCUCACCCCUCUCCAGGCCCCUGCUUCUGCCCUGUUUGCCACAACUGCCUCUCCCAGGGCCGGGAGCACCAGGACGGGGAGGAGUUUGAGGGGCCCACAGGCAGCUGUGAGCGGUGUCGCUGUCAGGCCGGCCGGGUCAGCUGUGUGCGCCUGCAGUGCCCGGCCCUGCCCUGCCCACUCCAGGUCACAGAGCCAGGGAGCUGCUGCCCUCGCUGCAGAGGCUGCCUGGUUCAUGGGGAGGAGCACCCUGACGGCAGUAGCUGGGAGCCUCCCGACAGCCCCUGCUCCUCCUGCAUGUGUCACGAGGGUGUCAUCACCUGUGCCCGCGUCCAGUGUGUCACCUCCUGUGCCCAGCCCCGCCAGGGUCCUAGUGACUGCUGCCCUCGAUGUUCUGACUGUGAGCAUGAGGGUCAGAAGUAUGAGCCUGGGGAGAGCUUCCAGCCUGGGGCAGACCCCUGUGAAGUGUGCAUCUGUGAGCUGCAACCUGAAGGGCCUCCCAGCCUUCGCUGUCACCGCCAGCAGUGUCCCAGCCUGGUGGGCUGCCCUGUCAGCCAGCUCCUGCCCCCUGGGCCCCAGCGCUGCUGCCCCACCUGUGCCCAGGCGCUGAGUCACUGCACGGAGGGCCUGCUGGGGUCUGAGAUGGCCUCACCAGACCCCUGCUACACCUGCCGGUGCCAGGACCUGACUUGGCUCUGCACUCACCGGGCCUGUCCUGAACUCAGCUGCCCUUUGCUGGAGCGCCAUGCCCUCCCUGGGAGCUGCUGCCCCGUGUGCAGGGAAUGUGUGGUGGAGGCUGAGGGCAGGACAGUGGCAGACGGAGAGAGCUGGCGGGACCCCAGCAAUGCCUGUAUCACCUGCACCUGCCAUCGGGGCCACGUGGAAUGCCGCCUCGAGGAGUGCCAGGCUCUCUCCUGUCCCCACGGCUGGACGAAGGUGCGGGAGGCUGGCAGGUGCUGUGAGAGAUGCCAAGCCCCCGCCGAGUCGUGCGCGCACCAGGGCCGGCAGGUGGCCUCCGGGGAGCGCUGGGCCGUGGACGCCUGCACCCGUUGCUCCUGCGUGGCCGGCACCGUACGCUGCCAGAGCCAGCGCUGCCCGCCGCUCUCCUGCGGCCCCGAUGAGGCCCCCGCCCUGAGUCCCGGCAGCUGCUGCCCCCGCUGCCUGCCCCGGCACGCUUCCUGCAUGGCCUUCGGAGACCCCCAUUACCGCACCUUCGACGGCCGCCUGCUGCACUUCCAGGGCAGCUGCAGCUACGUGCUGGCCAAGGACUGCCGUGGAGGGAACUUCAGCGUGCACGUGACCAAUGAUAACCGGGGACGGAGCGGCGUGGCCUGGACCCAGGAGGUGGCCGUGCUGCUGGGAGACGUAGCCGCGCGGCUGCUGCAGGGCGGGGCGGUCACGGUGGAUGGGAGCCCGGUGGAUUUGCCCUUUCUCCAGGAGCCGCUGCUGUACGUGGAGCUUCGGGGGCGCACGGUGAUCCUGCACGCUCAGCCAGGGCUCCAGGUGCUGUGGGAUGGGCAGUCCCAGGUGGAGGUGAGAGUGCCUGGCUCCUACCGGGGCCAGAUUUGUGGGCUCUGUGGCAACUUCAAUGGCUUUGCCCAGGAUGAUCUACGGAACCCUGAAGGGCUGCUCCUGUCUACUGAGGCUGCAUUUGGGAAUAGCUGGCAGGUCCCAGAGGGGUCAGGACCUGGGCGGCCCUGUUCCAAGGGCCGCGAGGUGGAUCCAUGCCGGGCAGCAGGGUACCGUGCCAGGCGUGAGGCCAAUGCCCGGUGUGGGGUGCUGAAGUCCUCCCCGUUCAGUCGCUGCCAUGCUGUGGUGCCACCAGAGCCGUUCUUUGCUGCCUGUGUGUAUGACCUCUGUGCUUGUGGCCCCGGCUCCUCAGGUGACACCUGCCUCUGUGACGCCCUGGAAGCCUAUGCCAGCCACUGUCGCCAGGCUGGAGUGACGCCUGCUUGGCGGGGCCCCACGCUCUGUGUGGUGGGAUGCCCCCUGGACCGUGGCUUCGUGUUCGAUGAAUGUGGCCCACCCUGUCCCCGCACCUGCUUCAACCAGCACAUUCCCCUCAGGGAGCUGGCAGCCCACUGUGUGAGGCCCUGUGUUCCGGGCUGCCAGUGCCCUGCAGGCCUGGUGGAGCAUGAAGCCCACUGUAUCUCACCGGAGGCCUGCCCCCAAGUCCUACUCACUGAGGACCAGCCACCCAGCGCUCUGCUUGGCCCAAGCCGGGAGCCCCAGGGGCCACCCUGAGCCAGGAUGACACUACCAGGACUCCUCAGGCCAGAAGUCUCCCCUUGGCAAGCAGCUCCCACCCUGCCUGAGCACUCGGAGCCCGGGCCCGGGGCCCACAGAGACCCCAGCUGUGUUGAGUUGGAGCAGUAAACUUGGGGCCUCCCCUAAGGUUUCCUUUUGUGUAUGUGUGCUUCCUCCUGCUGCAGGGGUGCUGGUGUGGGCUACUUGGAACCUGGGAUCCAGAGGUCAAUGACCCCAGGGUCAGGGUGGUGGCAGCUGUGGGACCUUACUCAUUCUUUGCACCUGUACCCCUCAGCCGUCCCAAUACCGAGUGCUCAGGCACUUCCUGAGCCACUCUAAGAGCUGGUGGCAUAGGGAUCCCCCACCUGGAGUAGGGAACAGGAGAGACAAUGUGUCUGUGAUGACAUACAGACACAUGUGAAACCCAUGUACAACUGUAUGUGUUCAUAGCCACACCCACCCCUGAUGGACACGUGGGAGGGGACACGUGCAACUUUCAAAGACAUCCUUAUAGGGGAAGGAACAUGGAUUUUGAAGUAGAAAAAAAAUCAAUUUGACAAGAAGUCUCUUCAAAGAAAACUCUAUUUUGAGUUCUCUUUGCCACCUACCAGGUGUGUGAUCUUGGGGUUUUAGGGACCUUAGCUAAAAGAUCGGGGCACUCAGUUCUCAUUGCAGGAACCUUAUUAUUCCAACAGAGAGCGAAGGGAGAGCGAGCUUUGGGCUGAACUGAGACCCCCUCCCUGCUUGCUCAGCCCAUUUCUGCUGGGGCUCCUCUCACGGAGCCCUUACAAAGCAGUUACAGGCAAGACUGCUCAUGGUGGCAGGAGGUGUGGAGACUACAGACCAUCUCGUACGCCUGUUCCCUCCCCUUGUCAUAAGUCAUGCAAACUGUGUUCUCAUCUGUCUGCAUCUCACAUGUCUUGGGGAAUAAACGGAGUAACCAAUGGAUAGCACUCUGUGCUUGGGCCACUUGCAGUGAGCACUGGGGAAGAGCAUCCCUGCUUAUACUUGGGACCACAUUUUCCCAGAGCCUGAUUCUCAUGGCCGUCUGUCUCCAAUGAAGGAGAUAGUGCCACCUGUUAGUCAGGGCAACUUAUUCUCUGGGGCCGUUUUCUUGACUGUGAACUGGGGAUGAGAGUGGUAGCACCUACUUUGUAGAGUUGCUUCGAGGAAGGAUUACACGGACGUAGUCUUCUGUGUCCUGGCACACAGUAAGCUGUUGGGAGCUGCUGCUGUACUGGGCACAUCACAUACCCAUAUAAUGCAGUUGCAAGCAUAAUAUGUACAGUUGACACUUGGAACAAUGGGCCCACUUAUACUCAGAUUUUUUUCAAUGUAAAUACUGCAGAACUACACUGUCCACCAUUGGUUGACUCCUCGGAUAGGGAGGAACUGCCGAUACGGAGAGCCAACUAUACGUGAUACUGAAUUGUCUGCUGGGUGGAGGGUCGGCAUCCCUAACCCCUGAGCUGUUGAAGGUUCAACUGUCUAUGUAAAACUGAUGGUCGUUCCGGACUGCAAAUGAGCACCUGCACACACCUCUUUAUCAGGAUCUUACUCCUCACCCAAUACUGCCACUCAGAUGGCCAAGAAACCCGCAUCAGA